AAACUUACUAAACGUUCGACCCACGGAAUCUUAAACACAGUUCAUAAAAUUCUUUUUUUGUUGUUCAAUUGUCUAUAAUUUUUGAUUAAUUUAAUUAAAUAAUUUGCAUAACAAUGGCCGACACAAAAAUACCAGCAAAAACAACGGAUGUGAAAUCAUCUGAUGUAAAAACCGUAGAGGUGAAAACGUUGGAUCAAAAAGUGUCGUUGGUUAGUCUGGAAGAGUUUGACUUUGAAGAUCCAAUAGUUCCACCGGCCAGUUUAAGACGUCCAAUUGCUGUACGUCCAAUGGUUUUGAUGGGAACCGGACCAACAAACCCAUCGAAACGAGUGGUGGAAGCUCUUUGCAAACCAGUCAUGAGUUUGUAUGCCAACGAAUUUUGGCAGAUUAUGGAUGAAGUUCGUGAUGGUUUAAAGUAUUUAUUUCAAACAAGAAAUCCAGUCACUUUCUGUGGUACUGGUUCCGGAAAUGCAGGUAUGGAAAUAGCGCUUGGCAAUUUAUUGGAACCGAAUGAUGUAAUUCUUGUUUGUGUAAGCGGCACAUUUGGCUUUCGUGCCGUUGAUAUGGCCAAGCGAUAUGGCGCCGAUGUACGAGUAAUUGAAUCAAAAUUGGGAACAUCAUUUAAAUACGAACAAAUUCGUGCUCAAAUUGAUUUGCAUAAGCCAAAAGUUUUGUUUGUUUGUCAUGGUGACUCGUCAACCGGUGUACUACAAAAUCUCAAUAAAUUGGGUGAAUACUGUCGACGAACUAAUGUCCUGUUUGUGGUUGAUGCUGUGGCUACACUUGGUGCAGUCGAUUUAAAUGUUGAUGAAUAUAAAAUCGAUGUUUGCUUUUCUGGCUCGCAAAAGGUUUUAGGCGCUCCAGCCGGACUUGCACCGAUCACAUUCAAUAAUCGUGCAAUGGAAUGUGUUUUGAAUCGUAAAGUACCACCAAGCGUGUAUUUCUUUGACGCAGCAUACUUGAGUGAAUUGUACAAGUGCAACAAUGAUAAGCCACGAUUAGGUCAUCACACUGUAUCAGCUCAGUUACUUUACGGUUUACGUGAAGCAUUGGCCGAAAUUGUUGCAGAAGGACUUGAUUUAUUUAAAUUACGCCAUGCUGAAAAUGGUCAACGGUUACGUGAAGGCCUUCAGAACAUUGGCCUGGAGCUAUUUGUUGAAAAUCCUGAACAACGUUUACCAUCUAUAACAGCCGUUCGCAUUCCACACGGUGUUAAAAUGGAAACUGUAAUGAAGUGCAUGAUGGAUCGACACUCGGUCGAGAUUUCGGACGGUUUUGGUGUAACGAAGGGUAUCAUUUUCCGCAUCGGAACCAUGAACUCGAAUGCAACGAGUCAAAAGGUCGAUUUAGUGUUGCGAGCACUUUAUGAAGCACUAAAAGUUACGGCUAAUUUCAUUGCCCCACAAACAAAAGUUUAUUACUAAAGUGCUUGUUUGCUCUUUUUUUUUUUUUUUUUUUUAAAGAAGAAAAAAAUUCAAAUCCAUUUGUACUAUUCGAAGAAUAUGGUUGACAUUUGAUAUGAACCAGAGAAUUAAUGCCAAAGAUUAAAAUUAAAUUGAAGCACAAAAAUAAAAGACAUGUUGUUGUUCCUCUUUUUAUUUGA